CCCGCCUGUUCCCAGGCCACCGCCUCCUCCACCGACCUCCGAUCCGGCCGCCGGUCUCCGAUCCGGCCGCACACUUCCCGCAGGCGCCGCAGAGCAGCGAGGGUACAGGCUGCUGCGGUUGGCGCCAUCCUAGCCGGGCCAGACCAUGAAGGUGGAGUUUGCGCCACUCAACAUUCCCCUGGCGAGGCGGCUGCAGACGGCGGCGGUGCUGCAGUGGGUCCUGUCCUUCCUGCUGCUGGCACAGGUGUGUGUUGGAAUCAUCGUGAUACUGAUCAUACACAACUAUUGGUUCCUUUACAUCCCCUAUUUCACAUGGCUUUAUUUUGACUGGCGAACCCCAGAACAAGGAGGCAGAAGGUUUGACUGGAUCAGAAAUUGGACUGUUUGGAGGUACUUUAAGGACUAUUUUCCAAUUCAUCUCAUCAAAACGCAGGGUCUGGAUCCAAGUCGCAACUAUAUAUUUGGGUUUCACCCUCACGGAAUUCUUGUGGUUGGAGCCUUUGGAAAUUUUUGUACAAAUUACUCGGAAUUCAAGGAGCUGUUCCCCGGCUUCACUGCGUAUCUUCACGUGCUCCCCUUUUGGUUCCGGUGUCCUCUCUUCCGAGAAUACCUAAUGACUUGUGGACCAGUGUCUGUUUCCAAGAAAAGUGUGUCCUAUGUGCUGAGCAGGCAGGGAGGUGGGAACAUUUCAGUCAUUGUCCUUGGGGGAGCAGAAGAGUCACUGGAUGCCCACCCUGGAAAAUUCACGCUGUUCAUCCGCCAACGGAAAGGAUUCAUUAAAAUUGCUUUAACCCACGGUGCCUAUUUGGUCCCUGUGUUUUCUUUUGGUGAAAAUGAACUGUUUAAACAAAUUAACAACCCUGAAGGCUCGUGGCUUCGAACUGUUCAAGAGAAACUGCAGAAGAUCACGGGGUUUACUUUGCCACUAUUUCAUGCCAGAGGAAUUUUUCAGUACAAUUUUGGCCUAAUGCCUUAUAGGAAACCUAUCAACACUGUUGUUGGCCGCCCAAUCCCCGUUCAUCAGACUCCGCACCCAACCCGGGAGCAGAUUGAGGAGUUGCAUCAGACCUAUAUGGAGGAGCUAAGAAAAUUAUUUGAGGAGCACAAAGGAAAGUAUGGUAUCCCAGAGCAUGAAACUCUCACUUUUAGAUGAGUGUAAUUCUCGUAAGGUGUAAAGGAGGACAAGCAAGCAUCAUAUUGAUAAAAAUAUUUUAAAUAAGUUUUUUCUUUUGACUCUGGAAUCAAAUUUGCAUCUGAGAAAUAUUAUUUAUGGUAGCAGGUGUUGAUGUUUUCUCUAUGAUAAAUAAAAAUAUGGUAGAUGAUUAUAGGAUAACUGUAGGACUUUAAAUAAUAUUCUUUCUUUAGGAAGUCUAAAUCAUUUUAUAGGUUAUGAAGAGGUUUAGAUUUACUCAUAGACUACAAAAAUUGACAGCUUCAAAAAAUAACUAGACCCUUUUACUAAACAUAGCAAUAAUUGAAGAUAGUGUUUUCACCAAGUAUGACAGCUGUUGUUCAACACAGCUGGAACAUGUGUGAGACAGGGUGUAAAAUAAUUUGCCACAUAGCAUUGGAGCGAGAGGAGUUUUUUGGUUUGUUUGAACAGACCAGUUGCUGGUGAAUCAUGUUACUUUUCUUACUUAAAUAAUUUGAUCCUUUCAGUCAUGGCAACCAACACACUUUUGUACAAUAGUGCAGAAUGUUUGUGUCAUUUUGGAAACAGAAUGAGUCUGCCACAUGGGAAACCAUGUGGGCAAAGGACUGUUCCUUGACUUCUUUUCAUGUUUAGAGAUGUGUGCAUUUGCUAUAGCAAGGAAGUCUGUUUGGAAGACAUAGUUUUACAUGUGUUUUAGACAAUGGAAAUUCCAAAAGGUUUUCAUAGCAGUAGAAAAAGUUUCCAUUUUCUUCUCAAAUGGCCUCUUCAUUGUAAGACAGACUCUGAAGCAAAGCGUUCUCUCUAGGGAAAAGUGUCCAAUUCACAGUUGACCUGGGUGUAAGUUUCCUCUGAACCUGAAUGAGCAGGAACCUUGUCCUUGCUACUACUGUUGUCGCCGUAGUGCCGGGGUUAGUGCUGGGGUUCAUGGCACUCAGGAAACAGUACAUAAGUACUUCUUUAAUGAACAUAGUUGGGAACUGAAUGUGCAAAAUGUUGUCAUACGUGAAGAAUUUUUAAAGAUAUGUUCUACAGUGAAAUCUGUUAUAAUCAAGGUCCACCUUAAGAAAGAGAUGGUUUGCUCUGUCUGGUUGUCCUGCAGUGGUGUCAGCAGUGCUACAGACUGGCUCCUAGGAAGCAAGGCAGAGACCACUGAGUGCUAAGGGACCAGUCAGGCAGUAAGCACGCCUGGUCUCCAAAGAUCUCCACGGCCAGGUGCUUGUUGCUAUGCCUCCUCCACUCUAGGUCUUUGUGGGCAAUGUCACAACUUGUUGGCAGUAUGUCCAGUUUUUAAACAUCAAGCCUUGGGCAAAACAAAGUCAUGCCUUGCUUAAGACAAUGUCUUACACAAAAGAAAGCCAGCCUUCUCUACGGUUCUAUAUGAAGAUUUCUGGCCUGAAUUCCUUUGAGUUCAUACUAGUUGAGCAAUCCAGGAACCCAUUGGCCCUGUGACCUUGAAAUAAGUUCAAUUUUUAUUUGUCAAAAUGAGACCCUAGGUUAUUAUAAAACCCACAAAUUUCAUUCCUUUGGAGAAGUUUAUGCUUGAACUUUCAUGACUUCACAGAGGCAUGAGUUUUAAUCUCAUCAUUAGUAAUGACGACCCAACAUCAGCUGAAUUAGCUAGCAAACAGUUAAAGUCAUGUUUAGUAAAGGAAGAGAACUAAAAAAUGAGAAAAAAUUCAAUCAUGAGUUUAUCUAGAUUCUACCAUUAAAAAAAAAAACUUUAAUUUUGGCAAAAAUAAAAUGUUAUUUUUCAGUACAGUUUAUGGGGGAGCGGAAAUUAUCUCUUCACUUCUUAGAGUCUCCAAAGGUCUUAAUCUAGCUUUGCCAAAAAUCUUUUCAUAGACUCAUGAAUUGUAAUUUCCAUAGAGUUCUACAGAUUCCAAAUGAAUUUUUUGAUAUGAAGUUUUGCUACCACACAAAUGUGGGUCAUAUAAUAUACUCAGUAGAGGGACUUGACAGAUUUCCCCUGUUAUAAUAAAAAUUUCCAUCUACUAUGUAAUGACAUAUAAAUUUUAAGUCAUAAAUCAAAACACUAAUAAUGACAAACUAACUCUACAGCCAUGUAGGAGAAACUGGGCCUAUUGCCUUGUGAAAAUGUGCAUGUGUGCUGCGUGGUUUAAACAUUGCUUUCUCAUUUCCCUCGCACACCAGGUAUAGGCAAAGUCAUUUUCUUUGUCUUGCAGAUAGAAGUUUAUGAAAUUUUUGAUAACCAGAUAAAUCUGUUAUACUCAAGUGAAGGCUGUGGCUUCAAUGUGUACAAAGGCUGUCUGGCUUGGCCUCUUUACCAAGGGAAACCACGGCAAGCGGUUCUAGGGGAUUUAGUGCAAACCCUUUGCCACUGCUGUGAAAACAGUGCAAGUGUGUAUACUGCAGGGAUGAUGGGUUAGAAGUGAAAUCCCUGCUUUUAGGGAAGACGCAUCACCGUCAUGAGAAGCAUGGAGGCGAAAUCUAUCCGCACCUUUGUGAUUUUACAUCUAUUCCAAACUACCUCACUGGUGCAGAUGGCCAAAGUUUGUGGUGAAUAUGAAUCGGUGCUAAUAUUAGUCCUGUGUUUCCCUCUGACAAGAAACACUUGAUGGAAUUUGUUGACUUGUUUCUCCUCUCCCCCCAGUAGCCCAAGAUAUUUGUAUUUUUUAACCAAAGUGAUGCCACUUUGUGGGAAUGGAGGAUUUACUACAAAUAGAAUUUGUAUAUGUUUCUUAAGGGAGAAAAACAGGGCAACUUCUAAACUAACCAACCAAUUUCUCUAGUUUCUCUAGGAUGGCAAACACAGAAGCAAUUCUUUCUAUAGAGGGACUUCUUUAGUACUUUAUAUUUUGAUCAUUGUAGUUAAUCCUUCCCAAGCACCUGCAGCUUGGUGCCUUGAUAUCUUAUAUGAAAAGGAGAACAUUUAUCUCAGCCUAGAGUUAACCUAUGCGAUGAUGAGUUCUUUAACAGAAGAACCUGUGUCUUAUUUGCAUUUGGGUACUCACCCAAGCAGACCAGUUCCUAAUGAAUGGUUGAGGAACCAAACUGGAAGUUGGUUGGAUCGUUUCUAAGUUUUAGAGCCAAGAGGGAUUUCAUAGCCUGUGUAGUUAUUCCUUUUGCACAUGAAGUGCUUGGACCCUAGUUUAAUGAAAAUUAAAAAUGACUGUGUGUUCAUAUUCAUUUGCCUUGAUUAAACAGAAAGUACUAAUAUUCUGGGAUGUUGAUUAAUAAACCCAAUACUCUUCCUAUAAAGCAGAAGUUUUAAAAAAGUAGAGCGUGAUUGAAGCAAUACACUUAAGGCAAGCGAUUAAAAACUCCGAAGCAAGCUCUGUCUUUUGGUUAUUGAGAAAAUUUUUCUUGUUUGAAGCCAGAAUACCACAUUGUUGAUUUUUUUUUCCUUUUGCAAGAGCUAUUUUGGUUAUGUGUCCUGGGAAAAGUCCAAGUUUUCAACAAGAUUCACUACUAGAGCCAUAUGUAUUGGAGCAGUGGAUAAGGCCCAGUGCCUUUUUCCCAGGAUGACCAACUGAACUGAAAAAGAAUCUUCCCUUUAAACGGACAGUGAUCAUUAGCGCAAGCCAAAGCAAUCCCAUUGGUCACACAGAGGCAGGUAGAGCUUCUGUCACCUUAAUGGCAUCUGAGCCCUGAGUCCAUUCUGACUCCAGCCUUGUCCAUCUAGAUUGCCUUUUUUUUUUUUUUUUUCUUUUUCUUUUACACAGCUCUUAGAUUCAGACUAAGAAUUAUCUUGGGCUAUUUUGAGAACAGAGAUAAAUCUGAAGUUCCCUGUAUUCCCAGGGUCUGUGUAACUCUCCCAUAGAUCAUUUCCAGGUCAGCUUGUAGCCUUAGAGCUUUCUAGUUGGAUUCUAAGCCCUGUAGGAUGGGCAUGCAGUGAUGCUGGGACAGUCGGAGAGCCUAACUUCCCCACUCUCUCCUCUCCUCUUUAUUUCAGACAGUCCUUUAACCCCUGGUCUUCCAAUAACUGAGUGGAGGGUCCUGGCUCACUUCUUCCUACAUAAGUAGAGUAGGAGUAAAUGGUCUCCAUGGUGCUGUCUAGCUCUGUCUUUGCCUGGCCUGUUAUCUAUCAUGAUAAUAACAAUUAUUUGGAGAUGAUCUAUCUGAUUACUUUGCCUUGGCAUUGCUAUCCUCGCUUGCUUCUAUUCCUCCAGGAAAUUCAAUGAGCUGAAAUGACCAUUUCACUUUCUUGGUAUGCAAAAAACACCAAUUGCUACUGCAGUGUCUCCAGGAUCACAAUGACCUUUAGUUGUAUGUUUCUAAGAAAUAAAUUCUCUAAAUAGGAGAAAUUUAACUUAAGAGUCCUCUUCCUUUAUAUCAUUCAAAAAUGUGGAAUUAUAGUUUAUUAUUAAAACAUAGGAGGCCAUGACACUUCUAUAUUUUCUAUAUUGUAUGUUUUGUUGUGUGUGUGUGUUUAAACUGUCAUUUUUAAGAGUUUUGCCCAAUAAAUGUGUUUUUCUGCCUGAGUGA